UGCAUGUCAGCGAAGCUCCGCCCAGCUCACGACAUAGCUCAGAAGCUGGCUGUUCAGUUAGCAGCUAUAAACAUUACUCUAUUUUGAUGAUGAUUCGUCUUAUUUUAAAGCCAGCAGUUUCGUUAUUACCUUUCAGACGCUCUCCAGCAGUCGCUGUGAGACUUUACCAUGCGGACAACGUUGCAACUUUGGGUUCUCAGCAUGACGAACAAUCUCCAGUGUAUCAAGAAAACUUUGAACGAAUGCAAGCACUUGUCAAGGACUUAAAGGAUAAGACCGAGAAAAUCAAAUUGGGAGGCGGUGAGAAAGCCAGAAAACUGCACAUAUCCAGAGGAAAACUCCUACCUCGAGAACGAAUCGACAGACUUUUGGACCCAGGGUCACCUUUCCUUGAGUUCUCUCAGUUUGCAGCUCACCAGUUGUACGGUAAAGAAGAGGUUCCAGCUGGGGGCAUCAUCAGCGGAAUUGGACGAGUCUCAGGGGUUGAAUGUGUCAUAGUAGCCAAUGACGCUACAGUCAAAGGCGGGACGUAUUAUCCGAUAACUGUGAAAAAACACCUUCGUGCUCAAGAGAUCGCACAGCAGAACCACCUACCGUGCAUCUACCUGGUUGAUUCGGGUGGAGCCAAUUUGCCCAGACAAGCUGAUGUAUUCCCUGACCGAGACCACUUUGGAAGAAUAUUUUUUAACCAGGCCAGACUCUCAGCUGAGGGUAUAGCACAGAUUGCCGUGGUGAUGGGAUCGUGUACUGCAGGAGGUGCCUAUGUUCCCGCUAUGGCUGAUGAGAGCAUCAUUGUUCGAAAGCAAGGGACCAUUUUCCUUGGUGGCCCUCCACUGGUAAAGGCCGCCACAGGUGAAGAGGUUUCUGCAGAGGACCUUGGAGGAGCAGAUCUUCAUUGCAGAAAGUCAGGUGUAACAGACCACUAUGCAUUGGAUGAUGACCAUGCUCUACAUUUGGCAAGGAAAGCAGUACGAAAUCUGAAUUACAAGAAGCACAUUAAUGUGACGGUGGAACCUACGGAGCCCCCCCUGUUUCCUGCUGAGGAGCUGUAUGGCAUUGUGGGAGAAAAUCUAAAGAGAAACUUUGAUGUGCGAGAGGUCAUUGCCAGAAUUGUUGAUGGGAGUAGGUUUGACGAGUUUAAGGCCUUCUAUGGAGACACUCUUGUCACAGGUUUCUCUAGGAUCUUUGGCUACCCUGUUGGUAUUAUUGGGAACAACGGAGUUCUGUUUUCAGAAUCAGCAAAGAAGGGAGCACAUUUCAUUGAGCUGUGUUGUCAAAGAAACAUUCCUCUCCUAUUUCUUCAAAAUAUAACCGGCUUCAUGGUGGGGAGGGAGUAUGAGGCCGGGGGCAUCGCAAAGGAUGGAGCCAAAAUGGUCACCGCUGUAGCCUGUGCCAAUGUGCCGAAGAUCACCGUCAUCAUCGGAGGGUCCUAUGGAGCUGGAAACUAUGGAAUGUGUGGACGAGCCUACAGCCCCAGGUUCUUGUACAUGUGGCCCAACUCCCGGAUCUCUGUGAUGGGAGGGGAGCAGGCCGCCACAGUCCUGGCCACCAUCACAAAGGACCAGAAGACACGAGAGGGGAAGGAGUUCACAGCGGAGCAGGAGGCGGCCAUGAAGCAACCCAUCAUUAAACGAUUUGAAGAGGAAGGAAAUCCAUUCUUCUCUAGUGCAAGGCUUUGGGACGAUGGCAUCAUUGACCCUGCGGACACGCGGCUUGUUGUAGGCCUGAGUCUCAGUGCAGCCCUCAACGCCCCGGUUCAGAAGACAAAGUUUGGUGUGUUUAGAAUGUGAAGACUGGUGACCAUAUGGGCAGAAUGCAACGUUGGCGCUAGACAUCAUUAGGAACUUAACAGGUGGUGAUGUUUUUGUCUUUGUACUUUUUUUCAUAUGAAUAAACAUCUCUUCGAAAUGCCUUAAUUGACAGCCUUAAGGUAUUUAAUGUCUAUGGGUCUGAUCAGGGACAGAAUUAUGACAAAACAAUGAGGUCAUUAUUAUAUUGUCUACCUGUUGAAAUGUGUUGGUAUUUGAUUUUGCAAACUGCAUUAGCUAACUAAGGGGCAAAUGUACUAACAUGUUGACGUCCGUUUUAGGCGUAAGUUGGUGCAAACAGACCGCACAUGGCUAAAACAUGCCAUGGCGUGUGCAAACAGACCGCACAUGGCUAAAACAUGCCAUGGCGUGUGCAAACAGACCGCACAUGGCUAAAACCGCAUCCUGCCUGCUGCAGUUGUUCUAUUCUGACUCGUACAUGUGCACUCGUGGGAGGGUUGGGCCAAAAUGAUGGGAGAAGAUGCACAAGGAGACUGAUUGUUUUCCAUUGUAUGUAUGAAGACUGCAGGGGAUAGUGUACGUUUGUUUUGCUCUGAACAUUUUUGAACAUUUGUGUGUUUGAUGUGUGCGUAGGGGAAACUUCCCGAAACAAGGGAAGGUAUUCUGAGCACCAGUUUUGCUCAUUUGUACCAUUUAAAAAGCAACCUUUUAUGCCUAUUUUUGUCUUUUGUCAUCUUUUUCACUUCAUCCAAGUACACUAUUCAUUUUGUUUGUAAUAGCUGCACAAGUCUUGUUUUUUUCAGUGGUGUAGAAUUACUGCCCUGUAUUAUCUCUGCUUGAUGACACAUGAUGAAUAUCAAAUGUUUGUCAAUUGCCUGACCUCUAAACCUUUCCUUUUCUGUCAGUCAGCGGUUCUAAUUGUGUGUGUGUGAUCAUUCAUUUUGGCAUCCAUUAGACAAUGAUCGACUCUUGUCAAACCCUUUCACCUAUCGAAACAAAUCCAAAUCCUAGAAGUACAGUCAUUAUUUGGCAUUGAGCAUUUCCUCUCCAUUGAUGCACAUCACAAGGGAAAAGCUUAAUGUUCCAAAACAAUUCAAUUCAAUUCAAUUUGAUUUAUAUAGGGCCAAAACAAUACAAUUGUAUCAAGGCACUUGAAAACCCCAAAACAGUAAUCAAUUAUCACCAAAUUGGUCAGACAUCUCACAUGUCAUAAACACCAUCUCUUAUUAAAAAAGCAAAACUGAAAUCCAAGGAAUAAAAUAGUUUGUCCUCUAUUACAGCAUUUUUUUUGUGUGUAAUAAAAUUGCAGAAAAUAA